AUGCUUCCAAACAAGGUUUUAGAAUUGCUACGGGAGAACCGGCUGGCGCAUUUGGGUACGUGCAAAGACAAUGUGCCCUCGGUUUCGUUGAUGAACUUUGCCUUGAUUGAGGCGGAUCAGCGGUUUGGGUCCGCAGAUGGGCCAGUGGUAGUUGUUGCCACACCAGAGAACACCCAGAAAUACGUGAACAUUCUCGCCAACCCUAAGGUAUCCUUGCUAUUCCACAAUUCAUUGAGGGACGAGCAUCCCCGCAAGUCGCUCUCCGAGUACCUCCAGAGCCUCAAUCACUGCGAACUCACCAAGCGCAGCGUGACUCUGCAGGGAUAUGCUCGGGUAGCUGAGGACGAGGAAGCCGAGUACUACCGGGACGUUUUGCUCACUCGUGAACCCGAGUCGAAACCUUUCGUUCAAGGUGCCAAGAUUAUUGUUAUUGAGCUCGCUGGCGGUGCCACUCUUGCCGAUGCCCUCAACCACGUCGAACAGUUUUAA